UAGUACGUGCCGGGGCGGAAGGCGGAAGUGUAACCUCGUGGGGGGGGGUCUUAACCUGAGCUGGAGAAUGGCGAAAACCCAACUUGGGACCCCCAGAGUCCCGAAGACUGAGGGGACAGCUGCCCGGGACCCUCGGAGGCAGGAGGGGCAGCAGAAACGAGGGAAGCAACCUCUGACGCCGCAGCUUAUACAGGCGAGAAAAGAGAAGAAGAAAGUAGACUCUAAGCCCAAGAACUUAAAUGAUCAAGAGAUUCCUUUCCGACUUCAGGAAAUUAUGAAGAGUCGCCAAGAGAUGAAAAAACAUAUCAGCAAAAAGAAAAGAAAAGAAGCCCAGGUGGCAUUUAGGCAGAAGUUUGAGAAGGAAGCAAUGGGAUCCCUGUCAGAUGUUCCAGUUCCCAAAUUCAAGCAGGGAAAAAAGGAGUCAGAUAAAGCAUAUGUCCACCGUAUGGAACAAGAGACCCAGCAUGUGAUCUUCCUCAGUGAGAACCAGGUGGAACGGAAACCAGAAAAGGAAGAAGCAUCUCAGCAAAAGAAAGAGAAAUCUCAGCGGAAGAAAAGGUUCCAGCGACGCCGUUUGGAUAAAGUUAGACAGCAGAAAGAGGAAAAGGCAAUAGCAAGCCUGGAAAAAGAACUAUUCCAAGAUUCUGUGAAAUUUGGCGAGGUUGUCCUUCAGCCCCCAGAACUGACAGCAAAACCUAGGAAGAGCAUCAGCAGUGACAAUCUUGGCAAGAAAUCACUGUUGCUGACGAGCCUCCUGGCCACCAGCAGUGCCCCCCAGCCCUCAGCUGUCUCAUUGGCUCGACAACGGAUUGUGGCAGAAGAGAGAGAGCGUGUUGUGCAGGCCUACAGGGAGCUAAAGAAACUCAAGCAACAACAGCAGAUCUUUAGCCAAACUGAGAGGAAGCCAAAGAAACCAGCCUGAAAAAGAGGUCCAGGAAUCUGUGGGGCGUGACAUUGGUGUCCAGGAAUAAAGGGGAUGGCUCUUCUGGUAGGGGCAGAACUUACGCCUGCUUGGCCUCCCUUUUCCCCACUAGAAAAACUACGUCUUAGGAGAUAGGAAAUUAUAGGUAUCCCUUCUACAUUGACACUUUCCCCAUUUCAAAUUAAAAAAAAAAAAAAAAAAACUUUCUCCAUCACAGUUUUGACAUACCAAAGGUCGACAAAAGGAAUUUGGGGGGAGUUUUGCAAGUCACAGAUGACACAGUGAAGGCCAGCAAACAACACAGAAAAAAUUCAGAAAUGUGUAACAUACAUGUAUAAUAUUAUAUAAUAUCAACAUAUUGACCAAAUAUUUAACCCAGAUUUUAUAAUAAGGUACCACAAACACCCUAUAAAAGAAAAAGAAAAACUUUAGACUUCUUCUCUGAUACAAAGGGAGAGCCAAAAAACUUUAUGUGAAUUUUCCGGAUCACAGGGCACCAUAUACCUAACCCCCUCAAUGUGGAAGGGAUAAGUACUUCUUCAUGGAGUAAAGUGAUCUUAACAACACAGAUGCAAAACAUAGUAUCAGGGUGCAAACCUGCACCUUUUCUGGGGAUGGAAAGCUCAUAAGUGGUCCCUGGCUUCAUUUCCACAGUUUAUGCUAUGGCUUUGCCUACCUGGUACCAAGAGAACUGAUAGACUUCUGGUGCCAUAGCCCAAAGACAGAGCUUCACCUGCCGAGAUGUUUCCUGAUUAUUGCAGGUACUUCUCGAGUCUCACCUUAAAACACUGAUUAAGAUAGGGCUGAUUUGAUCCUGUAUUUUUGUAUCCUGUUGAUAUAUCGUGCCUGUGAAAGGUAAAAUACUGAGUGGCAGCCAAGUUUGGAUAUGGCCAUUUGUAUACCUACAACCUUGAACAGUAAAACUUGGCAACAUCA